AUGAGGGCGUUUCUCUCCGUGCUCUUAGUUUGCGCUGUCCAGAGCGCCUCUGUUCCACAAAGCAGACUCUCAGUGUUUGUGACGGAGGAUGCCCCAGUGCCAAACCCAACCGAGGUGCUGAACAGACCGAUGUUCGUGGUGUCCAAGUCUCUGGCCCACCCUGGCUACUACAAGCCUGCAGUGCUCAUUGCUGGUCUCGAAGGUGCCGAUGUCAAACUCGACCCUCGCUUCCGAGAGGUUCGGGAUUUUCUUCACUCCAGCAGCAACAAGUACGCUCUCUUCACAGACGCCAGGAAGUUUUACAACAGUGAGUUCUUCGACACUCCUCUCCGAGCGGGAGACCAAAUCGUUGUUCCCAGCCAGUUCAUGAUCGAGACCUAUCGACUGAACACGCUUCCAGUGUUGAUAAUCGCUGACCAGGCCGACUUUAAGAGAUACAACUUCAAAAAUCUCAAACAAGUCGCCAAAUUUGGAAUCUACCCUGAUGCAAUAAAGCCGUUAAAGAAGCGACCACUACCCCCAAAUCCUGGGCACUCCAGAAGCAGCGCCAAGGUCCUUAUCGGACAAGGUGCAAUUUCUAAGCGUCUUGUCAUUAAAGAGCAAAAAAGUUUGGAAGCAGGAACCGUUUGUGGUAUUUCUGUGUUUGUCACCGGAACUGAGACUGGUUCUCUAAUUACUGGUCUCCGUCACUGGGGUGAACUCCAAAUGUACCGAAGAAAGAAGAUACUGACUAGUCCAACAUUGGUUGAGCUCCAACUCCAAUUCCGGUUAGUGGCAUUUCUGUGUUUGUCACCGGAACUGAGACUGGUUCUCUAA